UAUGGCUGAAUAAGAAUCUGUGGCCACAGUCAAAUUUGCAAAUCAACCUAAAUUAUUUGGAAAAUGGGAUUAUGAUGAAGUACAAGUGACAGAUUAAUGCUUCAAAGAUUAUAUCGCAGUGCAAACAUCAAAAUCACGUGUUUUUGUUCCUCAUACUGCUGGAAGGUAUAGAAUUGAUAUAAUAUUGUUAAUAGAUAUCAAAGAAAGAAGUUUAGAAAGGCUCAAUGUCCAAUAGUUGAGAGAUUAGCUGGAGCACUUAUGUUCCAUGGCAGAAAUACAGGAAAGAAAGUGAAGGCUGUAGCAAUAAUUAGACAUGCCUUUGAAAUAGUUCAUUUAUUGACAGGCAAGAAUCCACUUGCAGUAUUAUCAUUAGCUGUGUAAAGAGGAGGAGCCAGAGAAGAUUUUACAAAAGUAGGAACAGGUGGUGUUGCCAAAUAAUAAGCAGUUGAUGUUGCUCCAAUUAGAAGAGUAAAUGAAGUAUAGAAUUCAAAUAUAUUAAAAAGGCUGUUCACAAUUUAGCCAAGGGAGUUAGAGAAUCUGUAUUCAAGAAGAUGAAAACAAUUGCAGAAGCCUUAGCUGAUGAAUUGAUUGCAGCAUCCAAUGAAGAUGGAUAAAAGUCUUACACUAUUAAAAAGAGAGACGAAUUAGAGAAAGUAGCUAAAACCAAUCGUUGAUU